AGUGAUUGCUGGCAUAUUUUGAAGUAAAUUUUGCUCAGUAAUAAAAUGGACUUCAGGAAUUUGGGAAUAGGAAUAAUAUUAUUGCUAGAGAAUACAAUUGGACUUCUGGGAAAUGUUUCUCUUCUUUCUUACUACCUAUUUAUAUAUUACAAGAAACACAAAGUAAAGCCCAUGGAUUUAAUUAGCAUCCAUCUGAUCAUGGUUAACUUCUUGAUCAUUCUCUCUAAAGGAAUGGGCCACACAAUGACAACUUUUGGCUUGAAAUAUUUCUUCAAUGAUUGGAGCUAUCAACUUUUUAUGUAUGUUCAAAGAGUUUUCAGGAGCAUGUCCAUUGCUACCCUCUCUCUCCUGAGUGUCUUCUCGGUCAUCAUCAUCAUCCCUGGAAACUCCUGUUGGAAGAAACUUAAAGCCAAAACUCCCAAGGACAUUGGUAUCUACAUUUCUAUCUGCUGGAUCUUGUACAUCAUGGUAAACAUUCUUUUCCCUUUGUACAUGUCCACACAAUUAAGAAGAAAAAACAGAACAAAAGAGACAGGCUUUGAACGUUAUACUGUUGCAGGCCAUGACAAAAUCACAGUGUCCUUAUAUAUAGUUUUAUCUGUGUUUCCUGAGCUUCUAUUUUCUGUCCUGAUCACAUGGUCCAACAUCUUAAUGAUUGUCUUUUUGUAUAGGCACAAAGAGAAAGUUCACAAUAUUCGCAGUACUUGUGUUUUCCACAGUAACUCCCCAGAAUCCAGAGCUACCCAGAACAUCUUUUUCCGAAUGUUUAUCUUUCUGGCUAUUUAUACCCUUUCUACCAUCUCACAUGGUUGCAGUGCUCUAUUGUCUGUUCAAAAUUGGUUUCUGAUGUAUAUCACAAUCAUUACUACUUUGUCUUUUCCUACUUUGAGCCCCUUUGUACUUAUGAGUCAAUCCUCCCCUCUCUCCAUACUCUGCUUUCAUUGGAUAAAGGAUACAGAAUAG